CAGUUCAGUCUCUGUCCCUGGAAGUCCCAAGCAGAUACUCUGUCAGCCUGAAGGAAGGUUCUAGAAGAGACCGUGGCUGUCCCCUGGGAGACUCAUGGGCCAGAAAAGGAGUUGCAGGGAGUGGCCAAGGGCCACACACACACCAUGCUGCAGUGUAGACCACCCCAGGAGUUCAGCUUUGGGCCCCGGGCCCUGAAGGAUGCUUUGAUCUCCCGUGAUCUGGCCCUGAAGCAGCUCUACACCUCAGCUUUCUCCCCAUCGGAGAGGCUCUUCCUAUCCGAGGCCUACAACCCUCACCGGACCCUCUUCAGCACUCUGUUCAUCCACUCAGCCUUUGACUGGCUCCUGAGUCGUCCAGAGGCCCCUGAGGAUUUCGAAACCUUCCAUGCUUCUCUGCAGCCUCGAAAGCAGAACCUGGCCCGGAAACACAUUUACCUGCAGCCUAUAGAUCUGAGUGAGGGUCUGGCGGGAUGCCCCCUGCUGGACCACCUUCGAAACUGUGCAGAGGCUUUCUUCCUGGGCCUUCGAGUUAAGUGCCUGCCCUCAGUGGCCGCUGCGUCCAUCCACUGUUUGUCAAGACCCAGUAAGGACACUGAUGGGCUCCAGCUUCACACAGAUGGUAUCCUGUCCUUCUUGAAGAACAACAAGCCUGGGGAUGCACUGUGUGUGUUGGGCCUCACACUGGCUGACUUGUACCCCCAUGAUACCUGGACCUUCACCUUUGGCAGGUUCCUUCCGGGGCAUGAAGUGGGUGUGUGCAGCUUCGCUCGAUUCUCUGGGGAGUUCCUGCAGGCCGGGCCCAGUGUUCCCGACUCAGCCCUGCUGGAGGCAGCCACGGAUGGCCCUGAGACAUUGUCACAUGAGGGAGGCCGAACCCUGUGCUUCAGUGCCCUGGGCAUGGUUCAGUGCUGCAAGGUCACCUGCCAUGAGCUCUGCCACCUCCUGGGCCUGGGGAGCUGUCGCUGGCUCCGCUGCCUCCUGCAGGGGGCACUUAGCCUGGAUGAGGCCACAAGGCGGCCCCUGGACCUCUGUCCCAUCUGUCUUCGGAAACUGCAGCAUCUCCUGGGCUUCAGGCUCCUGGAGAGGUACAAGAGACUCCACACUUGGACCCGGGUGAUGGUGGAGAUGUGGUCUGGCCAAGAGACAGGGGAACCAUCUGUGUCAGAUGACACCCUGCCUUUCAGUGCUGACUCAGGCAUGGGCUGCGAGAGUGACACAGAGCCUGUCACCAGUCCACUGGAGCCUGUCACCCCGGAUGCAUGGAGUCAUGCCUUCCCUGAUGGGCCUGAACCAGGGUCUGAGGAUGGGUUGAGCUCUCUGGCAGCCUCAGAAGUGAUGCUGAAGCUUGGGGGCCCGGUGGAGGCCAUCGAGGAGUAUGGACAGUGGCUGGAUGCAUGCAUCCGGGCCCUGGAGAGGGAAGUGGCUGAAGAGGAGCUGGUCCACAUAGAUGCAGCUGUGGAUGCCAUGGGCCAGUGGGAGAUGUUCACAGGGCAGCUCCCAGUCACCAGGCAGCACCUGCCCUGUGGCAAAGAUAAUGUGGGGCUACGCAGGGUGCUGGGCGACAGGUUCUUUUCCCUGAGGCAGAGGUUGAGCUCUCGAAGACUUGCCAAGGCCAGUUCUUCCCACUGCCGCUGGGGGGUGGAUAACUAAUGAACCAUCCCAUAC